GCUUGUGUCAGAACGCGUUGUCUUUAUUUAGUAAAGGUUGAAAGAGAAGCACUGAAUGAAGCCGAGCUUUUUUUGAAAGUCGCUAAUGAGCGUGUUCACACCCUCGUUGUGUUUCACACUCAUCCCAAAUGUCACUUGCGCGCACGCGGACACAGACACGCUCAGCCGAGCCAAUUUGUGUCUGCUCAGGCAUCAAUCCCCGCUGACUCUCGCCGCACCGGUCCCCGUUUCCCUCUCUCCUCUCGCUCGCUCUGUGCGGCUCUCCUUGCGGAACAGCAUGCUAUGCUCUCAGUAUCACGAAGCCGGAGCGUGUGCGCGCGUGCAUCUCUGAUUGUGCGGUCGCGCGCUGGCUGUGGCGGAGCGUCUUGUUCUCUGGUUGUAAAGCGUGGAUCAUGUUUUAUUUUCAGCUGGUGAUCAUGGCAGGCACCGUUCUCCUGGCGUACUACUUCGAAUACACGGACACGUUUCCCGUGCACAUCCAGGGGUUCUUCUGCUUUGACAAGGCGUUCUCCAAACCUUACCCCGGACCGGAGGAGAGGAGUAACGUACCGCCGGUGCUCGUGUACUCUCUGGUAGCCGCUAUUCCCACUAUAACCAUUCUGGCUGGUGAGGUGAUGGUGUUUUUCAUGAGGUCGGAGGGCGUGCAAGAGAAGACCAUAGUCACUGCCGACUGCUGUUACUUCAACCCUCUGCUGAGACGCAUCAUACGCUUCCUAGGUGUCUAUACCUUCGGCGUGUUCACCACCACCAUCUUUGCCAAUGCCGGACAGGUAGUAACAGGAAACCAGACGCCUCACUUCCUGUCAGCGUGCAGACCAAACUACACAGCACUGGGCUGCCAUUCCAACCUACAGUACAUCACAGAGCGCAAAGCCUGCACGGGAAACCCCCUCCUCGUAGCAUCUGCACGGAAAUCCUUUCCCUCCAAAGAUGCGGCCCUUAGUGUUUAUUCUGCAGUCUAUACAGUAAUGUACGUGACGUUGGUGUUUAGGACUAAAGGGACGCGUCUGACCAAACCCACGCUCAGUCUGACUCUGCUGUGUCUGGCCAUGCUGGUGGGUGUGGUCAGAGUGGCUGAAUACCGAAACCACUGGGCUGACGUCCUCGCUGGAUACUUCACCGGCGGAGCCAUCGCUGUCUUUCUGGUGAUGUGUGUGAUCAACAACUUUCAACAGACAAAGCCCCCACCCCCGCCGGUGCGACCCCAGCGCCCUGAGUCUGUCCUGGGCAUGCCCAUGGUAGCGCUGCCCUGCGUAGAGAGUCCACUUGAAAAACUCCAAGGGGAUCUCCAUUCACUGAGAUCACAUGACCAUCAGCCUCAUCGGUUCCCCGUCCCCCCCGAUGUCCUCAUACCGUCUCGCUCCAUUUCCAGCGAAGUGUAGACCAGCCGUCCCAGCACGCGCACCACUGCGCUGCCCACUCCGCGGGACGCUCCGCCGCUCUGCACCGCUCCUACUCGACACAGGUCUAGAUUUUCUCACCUCCAACCCCUCAUCCUCUAUAUUCCUCCAUGCUGCCAAUAGGGCCUCCACAAACCACUCAAACAAACCACAAGAAACACUUUUAGAGAGCCUGCUCGGGGAUGCCGAACGCCUGAAUGAAAGCCAGAAAUCACAGGUAGGCAUCUCUGUCUUGCCAGAGAGUUUGUUUGGACUUUGGGUGGAGGAUUUGCACGUGUUUAGACCUCUCAAAACCAACCCGACCUACUUCCUGGGGAACCGAUGAAGACGUCUUGAUCAGCUUUUGGCUGAAAUUCUGAACUCUGGCUGCAAAUUUUACUGCAGUGUCAGUUUGUAUGUAAAUACAUGCACUGUUUUCUUGGUCUUUUGGUUAAAAGCAUGUCUAUUUUGUUCAUUAGGGUUAUUAUAUGUCCUCUUUGUUUUUUUUUGUUUUUUUUUCAGACAGAGUUUUUAAAUCGCCUAAAAUGUCCAGGUUUUGGCUUUUACUUUCUUAUUGUUUUCAUACUUGCGGAAGGUAAUGUCUGAAAAAUGCUUUGACCAAUAGCGUGCAGGUAUUGUACAUAAUCAGCCAAUCGUGGCGGGAUCUACAGAGAACAGUCAAAGCAACGCAAAUACACAUAAAAUAACAAAUACGUAUUGUAAAGAGCAAGUCAAUAGGAAAACAAAGCCAAAGCCUGGACAUUUUUGGCAAUUUAGAAACCAUGGCCAGGACAUAUCCGGGAAAAAGAGAACGUGUGGUCACCUUAGCACUGAUGGAGUUUCUAAGUUAUGUUUUUAAAGUCCUCACAGUGUACGGUUUUUGUCAAAUGACAUACGUAAAGUACUAUUGGUUUGUAUUUUGAGUUACAAUCACUAUGCACUUGGGACAAUCUCAUCAGCAUCGGCUAUCUGGACGUCCUGUAAGUGCACAUCCACCUGGUUCUUGAUACCAGCUCUAAUAAUAAUGUUUGGAUGCAUCAUAAGGAAUUGACAGACAGAAUGACAGACAACCACAGCAUUGUUUUGUAAUAUUUAAUGUCCGGUUCGUGCUCGCAAGGAUUUCUUCACCAGCUAGAUGUAAUGCACAGUCUGACAUGAAGGCCUUUUCAUUACUGUCGCCACAGGUACAACACCAGGCUUUCAGACAGGAGAGAUUCUUACAGUUUGUCAUCAAAGAUGGAUUGGAUUCUUAAUUCUUUCAGGAGAGAAAGGCAAGAAAAGCACCCCAUGACGUCAACAGAACAUCUGUGUUGUUGUUGGUAUUUCUUCAGGUUUUCAAAAAUGCAGAUCUACGAGUUUCUUUCCUGUAUAUUGAAUAACCUUUUCACAUUCAUAUCACUGUUUUUUAUUUACAGGGGUGCGUGCAAUUCAAAAUUGAAUUGAAAAUGCCUUUGUUUAGAGCCUCUGAAUUUGAAUUACAUUUGAAUUUUAAGUAACUAAAAGAUGCAGACUUGAAGUUCAAAUUUCAAUAUUAGGAAAUGGAAUUAAACAUUUGCACAUUUGUAAAUAAAAACUUUUCAUAUGCUAAUUUGCUUUUUUGUAUAAUUAGGCAAUGUUAAAUGUCACGUUCAGGUUCUGUUUUAAGUUCAAACUAAAUUCAGUACAACACUAUAUAGAAAUUAUUCAAUAGAAAUCAAAAGAUAGCUCGAUAGAAAGAAAUCGCUGUCCGGGGGCACUUAUAUAAGACCCAACCCAUUCCCACUCUUUGGAAACAGCACAGAAUGCAUUGUAAUACAGUGGGACGUUACCGUUUGAAGUUAUUUGAGCUAUUUGUUGACUGGUUAACAUGAUGUACUGCCCAGGUGAUGAAAGAUGAAAGAAAAUAGUUGUUUUAGUAAUGGAUUGAGAGUUUACAUUUUUGAUGAAAAAUUAAGACAAACAUUACUUUCCAUUGGAAGAACAUUCACUGAUGAAUAAUUGGUAAUAAGUCCAGGAAAGUGUUUUAAAGGAAUAGUUCACCCAAAAAUAAAACAAAUUGCUGAAAAUGUACUCACCCUCAGGCAAUUCAAUAUGUAGAUGAGUUUGUUUCUUCAUCUGAACAGAUUUGGAGAAAUGUAGCAUUAUAUCACUUGCUUACCAGUGGAUCCUCUGCAGUGAAUGGGUGAAAUCAAAAUGAGAGUCCAAAUAUCUUAUAAAAACAUCACAAUUUUCUGUAAAUAAUCUCCACAACUCCAGUCUAUUUCUUUUGAAGAAAAAUAUAAGCAAAAUGAUAACAGAAUACAUUUUUCACUGGAGUAAGCGUUAUUAUGGAUAAUGGACUGUUAUUUUUGGCCAGAAGCAACAGUUUAAGUGGAUUAAAGUUAAAAUGUCUUAAAAGGAUUUGUUUCUUACAAACAUGUAACUUUUCACUUCACAAGACAUUAACUGAUGGACUGGGGUGGUGUGGAUUAUAGUGAUGUUUUUAUCAGCUGUUUGGACUCUCAUUCUGACGGCACCCAUUCACUGCAGAGGAUCCAUUGUUGAGCAAGUGACAAUGCUAAAUUUCUCCAAAUCUGUUCCCAUGAAGAAACAAAUUCAUCUUUAUCUUGCAUGGCCUGAGGGUUUGUAAAGCAAAUUAACUUUUUUUUUUUUUGAUAAACUACUCCUUUAAAAAAUUAAAUUCUGAAAAGAAAUUCUGAGCAAAUGGUUAAGUGUCUCAGGCAGCUAAAAUAAAGUAUUGCUCAUAGAUUCAUGUGCUCAUGUUUGAUAAACUAUAAUAGAUUUUCUACACAGAGGAUGUUAAUGAGAGAGUCAAUUGGCUGUAUGUGCUGUACCAUAUGUAAGCCAAGUGUUGUGCAUUUCAUAAUUUUAUUGAUAUCUGUUAGAUCUCUUUUAUUUGACCCUCACACUUUUUUUAACUUGUCCCUUUUAGACUUGCACUGUAUGCAUUUGCUGCUUGUUUUCUUAAAAAACACUAGCUUUCUAAUCUUUUUUUAUUCUAUGUUUUCUUUUCAUUUAUUAUACAACUAACAAAAUCAAAAAGACCUCUAACACUAGCUUGCUCUAUUCUUUUUUUUCUAUUCUAUUUGUUAUCUUUUUUAUUAUAUUAUUUAAAAAUCCCUUGCUAUGUGUACUGCAUUAAGUUAAUUGCUAAUUGAGUCUUGUUAUAGCACUUGUAUAUCAUUGCUCUUUUAAAUGUGAUGUAAAUGUUAAAAUGGCUGUUUUUCAGAUUUUAAAAAAAUGUUUGCUUUGAAUCACAUUUCUUUUCUAACUUAGUGUUUACUUAGACUAAUUGUUUGGUACUGUAAGUAAACUGUGUGUACUUUUAUCAGAUGAGUGUAAAUGCUCCACCUUGUUGCACUCCAAAUGGAUGAAAAUUAAUGUUUGUAACAUUAACUGUGAAAUCUAAUCUAUCUGAUGCCCCUCAGCCUUUACAUCCCGCCACCAGGUCCAGCCUCUGCCACAUUCUGUGCUACGUACAGUUACUGUCUCUGUUGUAAGAGCACCAUCUACACCUUCU